CGGUCACUGUGGCAGUGGCGCGUACUGCCUCGGAUUCGGAAUGUCCUCUUAUACCGCACUCCCUCGCAGCGAAUCUGAAGAGCAUCUCGAUCCUCAGCACCAGCUCCUCCGCGACGAGCAGCAACUAACCGUCGAGGACGCCCCUCGACCUAAUAACCGCGCGACGCACAGACGGAUUCUCCUUCUCGUUCUAGGUUUCUUCAUAGUUGCGUUUGGCGCGUAUAAAGCGGGCCAGUUCUCUGUGUCGUAUACCAAGAAGGAACCUCUGAAGGAAGCGCCUGUGAAAGGACCUGCUGAGAACGUUACGAUGCCGAGGAACGGACAGUACAGUGUUGGCUACUUUGUGAACUGGGGGAUCUAUGGUCGCAAGUACCCUCCCCAGCUCAUCCCGGCGCAAGACUUGACCCACAUCCUCUACGCCUUCGCCAACGUCAACGCCGGCUCCGGCGAGGUCGCCCUCUCCGACCUCUGGGCCGACCAGGACAUUCACUACGAGGGCGACUCCUGGAACGAGCCCGCCGGCAACCUCUACGGUUGUCUCAAGCAGCUCUACCUCCUGAAGAAGCAGAACCGCCACCUGAAGAUCAUGCUGAGCAUCGGCGGGUGGACGUACUCGCCGAGUUUCCACCCGGUGGUGGUAAACCCAGCGCUGAGGGCGAAGUUCGUCGCGAGUGCAGUGCGCUUGUUGGCGGAUUAUGGGUUCGAUGGAUUGGAUGUAGAUUACGAGUAUCCGCAAAACGAUGAGCAGGCGCGCGGUUACGUGUCGUUGUUGGCCGAGCUCAGGCAGGGCCUGGACGACUACGCGAGGCGCAAUGGCUACAACUACAAGUUCUUGUUGACCAUCGCGGCGCCGUGCGGUGCGGACAACUACAAUCGUCUGCACGUCCAGGAAAUGGACCGCUACCUCGACAUCUGGAACAUGAUGGCCUACGACUUCGCCGGCUCGUGGGACAGCGUUGCUGGUCAUCAGUCGAACCUGUAUGGCCAGCCGCUGUCUGUCUCUACGGCGAUCAACUGGUACCUGCAGAAGGGCGUGCCGCGCGACAAGAUUGUCGUAGGCGUUCCGCUGUACGGGCGAAGCUUUGCCUCGACCGAGGGCCCCGGCAAGCCUUUCAGUGGUGUCGGCGCCGGUACUUGGGAGCAGGGUGUCUACGACUAUCGCACCCUCCCCCUCCCCGGCUCGCACCUCUUCCGAGACGACCAGCUUGGCGCCAGCUGGUCCUAUGACUAUCAGCGCAAAGAGAUGGUCUCCUUUGAUACCGAGGAAAUUGCGCACUGGAAGGGCUCCUGGAUCGCCCAGCAAGGGCUCGCCGGCAGCAUGUUCUGGGAGCUCAGCGGCGACAAAGCCGGCCCAAGGAAGGACCUUACGGACAGCGGGUUUGGGAAGGACUACCAGGAUGGGCGUAGCUUGGUGAAGGUCGUGAAGGAUGCGAUGGGCGGGCGGUUGGACUCGACGCCGAAUUGGCUGGAGUAUGGGACGAGCAAGUUCCAGAAUCUGAGGGAGGGGAUGCCGGCGUAGGGAGCGAUAGCUUCUGUGUCGGUGUACACAGGACUUGGACAACUGUAAUUUACCCUGAGGAUGUACAUAAGUAUCCCUUGGGAUGGGACUGCGACUUGCACCAUUUUGGGCGACCA